GGGGCGGGGCUGCUUGGCUCACUGGUCUAAUAAAGCUAAGAGGUUUAUUAGCCAUGCAUACUACAAACGCUGCUACAGCUAUGAGCUCGAGCGAUGGGACAAAAAUGCAGUUUAGAGCACAUGGGCAGCCUGUCUCCUGCUGUCGAUUUCUCAACCAUGGCAAAUUGAUUGCUACUGCCUCUCAUGACAAAACGAUUGGGAUCUCGGAAUCAUGCAGUGGUUCCAAGCUGCACAGUUUAUGUGGUGGUCAUGAACACCGUGUAGUGUCUCUGUCAACAAGCAUGUCUGGUGGGUCUCUCAUCUCAGCAUCAUGGGACAAGAAUCUCAUACAAUGGGACCUCGACAGUCUGGAUCAAACAUGGACAGGGAAACACGAGUCACUGUUAACCUCCUGCCAUACAACUCCUGAUCAUCCCCUCGUAGUGGCAGGCUGUGACGAUGGCUCCUAUCACUAUUGGGACACAAGGGCUGCACAGAGAGUGGCCAGUGUCAAUGCUCACACUAGUACAAUCACUUGUUGUCGCCUCUCUGCAAAUGGAAUUGACCUCUGCACUUGCUCAAUGGAUAAAUCUGCUAGAAUUUGGGACCUGAGGACUCACAGACAGCUCAUAACACUGAGGGACCAUGUGAAUGUAACAAGUGGAUGUGCAAUCUCACACAAUGGUCACUACCUUGCUACCUGCUCGUGGGAUAAGACAGUCCGCGUGUAUGACAUCAAUUCUGGGAGUUACAGAUCAAACGGACCUACUGUUCUGAGCAUCCAUGUGGGGUGUGUUAGUGCUUGCUGCUUUUCUCAAGAUGGAACGUUGUUGGUGUCAUGUGGGUACGACCAAGACAUCAGUAUAUGGACCACCAGCAACAUGAACUUGAGGAAUGCAUUUAGAGGCCAUGAUGGAUGGAUUGAAGAUGUUGACAUUGACGAGAACAGCAAGCACAUUGUCAGCUGUGGUCAAGAUGGAAAAGUAUAUGUUUGGGGCACCGAUGUAGCCAAAUCGAAACACCUUGCAAGAAAGGAGAAGUUUGAAGGAAUGGAUGUAGUAACAUGCUCUAAGUGUGGGAGAACGUUCUUACCAGCUGGAAGUGAAGAAAUCACUGCCACAAUGUCGGAGAGGCUAACAUCCAAUGAAGAAGAUAAGAACUUGUACAAUGGUGGAGUAAAGGAAGAGAAUGAAAGAUGGUGUGUCUUCUGCAGACUGAAAGAUCCGAGUCGAACACUAGAGCAGCGUAGUGGACAGUAUCUAUCAGAUUACAAAGCAAACCAAUCUUAAAACAUUGUUACGUACAUGAUGUAUGUAUAAUUAUUAUGCUUGUGCUAUUUUAACUAAUUAUUAUAAUAUAUCACUCGUAAUGAUUCACAGCAAUAAUUAUUAUCCAAACAGUGCACAACACAAAUUUCUUUAUCGAUGCUUAAUUAUUGUAUCUAUUAAUUUCUGUCCUAUAAUUAUGUGAUGAUCGUUAAAACAG